UCUAAAUUGAAAUAUUAAAUAGUAAAUUGAAAAACACGCGCUCUUUUCCGUACUUCCUGUUUCAUAUUUCCGUCGCAUUCAUGAAAGUAGUCCCAUCAAAUGUCGCAUACAGAGAGUUAAGAUGUUACGUAUCAAUAAAAAUUUGUAUAGAGAAAAUUUAUUAUAUUAUAUAUAAAUGACAUAUGCAUAAGAUUUGACGUUUUAAAAUUCUACGCGAUAUAAAUCUGUUUAAUAAAUAUUACUAGGUUAUUCUUAGUUAUUUUUAUGUUGGUAGUUUAAUAAUAGAGAUAGGAAAUUUAUAUGAAAGUGUACGGUCACAUAACUGUGAUAAUAAAAAUAUAAAUAAGAUAUUAUGUCAAAUCGAAGAAAUUUAAUUAAAUAAACAUAAGUGCAUUUGUGUUGAAUUCUAUUUCAAUUUUCUACGAAUCUCAAUUUUAUGAAAAAUCGAAUUUUCGCAUAUAUGGCGACUUUUGAAGAAUUAUGUACAUAAAUAUUAUAAUAAUAUACUAACAGAAUAUACUUACUGUGCGUAUAAUGAGUAAUAAAAUUGAAGAGACAUGUAAGACUUUAGAUCAAUGUAGUAAUGGAUAUUCUGUGGAUAACAUCCAGAACCCUUCGUUAAUACAUGAUAACCAGCGUAUAUUUCAAAAUGAAUUUCCAAGCAAAUUUAUAUUAGAUAAUUAUAAAACAAUAAUAGAAGUAAAAGUAAAAGAAAAAAGACAUAAACCAGCUCAAGCAAUGGUCAGUAGUACAUCUAACCGUGAACAGAAUACCAAAGAAGGACAAAGAUCUAAUGGAGAGCAUCCUCAAAAUUGGUUGCAAGAUUUACAGGAACAUACUCGACCUUAUUUAAAGAAAAAUUUGCAAAAUUUAUCUUUAAAAAAUCAACAUACAAAGAAAAUAUCUUCUUCUGAACCUAAAGACAAUAAAAAACUUUCGACUCCUCAACAAAAAAUAAAAUGUAGAAGUAAUAGUGCUAAUAAACAGUUGGAUGAAGUACCAGUUAAACAAGUUCCUUUGCAAAAAAUAUCAAAGGAACAUGUGAAACAAUCUCAGCAAACGGGAUUUUCAUCAGGCGUGUCUACAAAAUGUAUAAAAUGUACUAAAUCGGUUCUCGUUAUUGACAGAGAAGUUCAAUGUGGUGGAAUAUUUGAUUCUUCGUAUGAUAAAUAUAAUAGUUUUAAUCCUGUUCGAACAUUAGGAUUUUUAAUGAGAGAAUUAGAGUAUUUAAUAAAAGAUGAGAUAUCCAGCGAAAUUCUCACGGAAAUGGAACAAACGUUAAUUCGAAUACCAGUAGAACUUAAAAAGUCAACAACAACGGAUUUAGAUGUAUUAACUCCUCGCACAAGACUCAAUGAAAGGACAGUUAAAAUAGAGAAAAUGAGUAAACAAGUGAAUACCAUAUGUGGAUCCUUACGCGAAGAACGAGAUUCUUUAAAACGGAAUGUUGAGAAAUAUUCUAAGCUUCUAGAAGAAGCUCGGCGCAAACAAUCAGACUCAGAAUCUACUAUAUCAAAGUUAAAAGAACAAGUAAACGAAGCAUUGAAGACAAUAGAAAGUAAAGAUGAAUUAAUAUCUGAAUUACAAGAGAAAAUUAAAAAAAUGGAACCGUUAGAAAAAGAAUUAACUGAAUUAAGAAUAGAUUUGACUAAACAAACAGAACUUAUACGACAAAAUCGUUUAGAAAAUCAAUAUCUAAUGCUUGAAAAUGACAAAUUGUUAGUUAUGUCCUCUCAUAAAGACUCACAAUUUAACGAAUAUCAUUGUGAUGUCAUGAAAGAAUUCCAAAAUGAAAUAGGACAUUUGAUAGAUGUUUUUAGAGAAGCUGGUAUCAGAGAAGUAAAUUCUAACUUACAAAAUUCAGGAAUACAAUGUGGACUUGCUUGCUCUUCACCUUCUGCAUCAUCUUCCGAUCGAUCUAAUAUUCCUACAUCCUGGCAUAAUUUAGUGGAUAUGUCUAUAUCUACAAUAGAAGAUAAUAAGAACUUAAAAAAAGCAACAUCUAAAAAGGAUAAACUAUUGACUCCAUCCUACAGAAUAAAAGAAAAAGAUACAGCAAAAACUACAAUGGAAGAGAUUACGCAAUUAGAAUUUAUUAGUUUGCCUCCUGCGGAAUCAAUUUUAUUUCCAUCUUAUAGAGAUCAAGAAUGUUUAGAUGAAAGUGGUAUCAAUAAGGAUAAAGAUUAUCUGUUUCCGUCCAAAUCUAAAUUAUCUGAUCGUAUUCAACAAUUUGUUGAUGCUGAUUCUACAAAAUCUAGUGUUCAGUGUAUUAAUGAAAAAGACAAUGAAAAAGACAAUGAAAAUGAAUCGUAUAAAAAACAUUUAUCCAAAACUCGAAAGACAUUAAAAUUCGAUAAUAAGAAAAAAAAUCAUGACAAUGAAAGUAUAGAAGAAAGUUCUAAAUUUAUAGAAACUAACGUAUCGGGUGAUAUAUUAAAUUCCAAUAUAAAUAAACAAUUUGAAACUAUAUUCAAUGAAGUUCGACAUAAGAGUAGAAUUUCUGUUAGUGUACCGAGUCCACCACGACAUUAUCCUCAUCCGGAUUGGACCGAUAGUUCUUUACCUAGUGUUAGUGUCGAUUCCGAAUUAAAUAUUGUUCAGUCUAACAUUACUUGAUCGUAUAUUUUUAUAUUCUGUCUCUGUUUUAUAUAUCCUUACAUUUUUAUAUCAAAACUAAAUUGAACUAAUAUUUCUUAUUUAUAAUAUUUUUAUCUCCGGAAUGAGAAUAUAUCCUAUAAGGUUGUAGGUAUAUAUAAUAUGAUAUAUGAG